AUGCAAGACAGUGAAGACGAUCUUUCUCUUGGCGAUAUUUUCACGGAACCCCCCCGUCCACCAACACCCCCGCCAACCUUUGCAACAUACACUCGAAGCACCUUUCCCGAUCUCAAAAUCCGCCUGGUAGGAUCCCAUCCGCUAUGGGCUCAUCAUCUAUGGAAUGCCGCAUUAGCGUUUGCAUCAUAUAUAGACUCAAAUCCAGAGAUAACACGUAAUCGAUGCAUCCUCGAACUAGGAGCUGGGGGAGGCCUCCCAGGACUUGUCGCUGUGCAGAAUGGUGCUAAAAAAGUUGUACUGACAGAUUACCCGGAAGCAGUCCUGAUCGAUAACUUAGAUUUCAACGUGAGACAAAAUUUGUCUCUUGAUGAGCAGGAUCGGGUCGAGACGCAGGGAUACAUCUGGGGUCAUCCCGUAAACAACAUAAUCCGCGCACUUCCAAAGGAUGCCUCGACUGGAUUUCACUUGAUCAUUUUAUCAGACUUAAUAUUUAACCACUCGCAGCAUGACGCCUUACUGAAGACUUGCGACACGUGCUUAGCUUCUCGCUCCCCAAGCGAUGAUGAUUCCAUUGCACCAUGCGUGUUGGUCUUCUACUCCCAUCAUCGACCGCAUUUGGCAGACCGGGAUCUUGAAUUUUUCCGCAAAGCUCAGGGAGCAGGCUGGUUUUGCGAGGAGAUAGUGACGCGAAAAUAUCCGCCCAUGUUCCCGGAAGAUCCAGGCGAAGAGGAAGUUCGUGCCACAGUACAUGGUUGGAGGAUGACCAAGGGGAAUGUCGACGAUUUUACUCACUAAACGAUGGUCUAGCACACCAAUUAAGUCUGUUUCGGUUUUAGGUAGGUGCUAUAGCACCUCUCAUCACUUGUAAGACUUGCCAUCACACAUGCCACAUAAUACGGUCACACCCAUACUAGGAUCCAGCAAGUAAUC